AUGGCUUUUCCCACUGACAAAGCGUGCCGACACCUCCUCGCCUCGCAGCGAAAGUCGAGCAAGCAGCGCCGAGCAGAGCAGCGGCAGCGCGUCAAGUGUUUCGUCCCUCGCUCCUACUUCCUCGUGAUUCCUGGCACAAGUUCCCAUCACCAGCAGGCGCAGAGCAAGAAGUAUUUUGGUCAACCAGUCCAGCUGCCCGAGUGCGACGAAGACGACAUACUGGGGCCGGAUGAGGUCGUCAUUAGCGACACGGACCUCCGUGCCAUGCGCGACUCGGUGGACAAUAUGCAGCAGCAACUGAGUCGCGGUCUGCGAGACAUUGAAGAGAUUCGUGCGCUGGUGAGGGAAGCGGCAGUCCGAGACAGCCUCGAGACGGACGCACGACGAGCAAACUCGGACGCAAGCAGCAGCAGCAGCAGUCGUAGCAGCCUAUGA